AUGGCUGGAGUUCCGUCACUCAUCUCCGGACUCUUCUCAGCACUCAGGCGCCGAGAGAGGAAACGAACCCAUGCAACUGGGUCGAACUCGGUUGACACCCGAAGAGUGACGACGCCGGCUGACAGAGGGUCGGUGCUUUUACUGUGGGGAGACGGGUCAUCUCAUUGCUUCAUGCCCAUCCAAAAGGGCCAAGCCGAUUCAGGGGCAGAUGAAAGUCUGAUUGCAUGGGACUUGGCAGCUAAGUUGGGGCUCAAGUCUGAGCCUCUGACUACCCCCGUGCGAGCUUGUGCUCUGGACGGUAAGGAGCUGUUCACCAUCACCCACACCACGGAAACACACAUCCAGGGUCAUAAGGAAAUUAUGAACUAUUCGGUCUCCAGGCCGGAGAGGGUGGCUAUGACGGAAUACAUCCAAACCUCUCUCAAGACAGGUCUGAUACGCCCCUCCUCCUUUCCAGCUGGAGCAGGUUUCUUCUUUGUGGUUUUUGACCGGCUUCAGCAGGUUCGAUUCUCUUGGUCACCCGAAGCUGAGAAGGCGUUCCAGAAGCUCAAAGCCAGCUUCACCACAGCACUCAUCCUCAUCAUGCCUGAUCCCCAGCGGCAAUUCGUGGUGGAGGUGGACGCUUCCAAUGAAGGCAUUAGGGCUGUGCUCUCACAACAUGCUGAACGAGAUGGCAAGCUGCACCCAUGCGCCUUCCUGUCACGAUGUCUGUCAAAAGCAGAAAUAAACUACGACAUGGGUAACCGGGAACUGCUGGUGGUCAUGGUGGCGUUGGAGGAAUGGGGGCCGGGGUCCCAGAAUGGCAAGCCUGAUGCCCUAUCUCGACUCUACGAUCCCGAGCCUGUGGCCAAGGAACCAGAACCCAUCCUUCCACGAACCUGUGUGGUUGGAGCGACGAACGAUGUUCGCCAUCGCCCGGAGGUUCUGGUGGCCAUCCAUGGAGUGGGAGGUCCUGGAGUACGUGGAGGCUUGCUCGGUCUGCGCCAGAAACAAGCCGUCCUCCGGGUCAUGCAUGGGGUUGUUGCAACCUAUGCCCAUCCCCUCCAGACCGUGGUCGGACAUUUCGAUGGAUUUCUCCUGGCAUCUCAAGCCAGCCUGACUUCAGGCUACCACCCGGAGGCGAAUGGCCAGACUGAGCGCCUCAACCAGCAGCUCAGAUCAGGAAUCUCAGUCCCCUCCACCCACGCCAUGAUCUGCAGGUGCCGACGCAUCCGGGCAGCAGCCCGACAGUUCCUCAUCUGCCAAGGGGACCAGGUCAAAAAAGCAGCAGACCGCAAGCGACGACCUGCACCCGCCUACCAACUGGGCCAGAAGGUCUGGCUCUCGGCCAGGAAUCUCCGUCUCCAGGUGCCCUCCCAGAAGCUGGCACCGAGAUUUGUCGGGCCAUUUCCGGUCGCCAAGGUCGUCAGUCCUGCUGCUGUCCGCCUCCGCUUUCCCCGCUCUCUUCCGGUCCACCCCACCUUCCAUGUGAGCCAAGUCAAACUCGUCAAAGAAAGCACCAUGGUCCCUGCCCCCCUUCUUGGCCGUAUGCAACAGGGGCAGGGGCAAGCAGUACCUGGUGGACUGGGUGGGACCAAAGAGCAACACAUUCACCAUGUCCAGUCCAUCCUCCAGCACCUACGAGAGAAAUCCCUGUAUGUGAAAGCAAAUAAAUGUGAGUUCCAUGUCUCAACUGUGUCUUUUCUGGGGAACUUUGUGGCACAAGGCAACACCCAGAUGGACCCAGCCAAGGUCUCAGCUGUCACCUCCUGGCCUGUUCCUGAAAACCGCAAACAACUUCAGCGUUUCCUGGGGUUUGCCAACUUUUACCGUUGCUUCAUCCGCAACUACAUCUCUGUGCCAGCCCCUCUUACCACCCACACCUCCUUGAAAGUGCCCUUCCAGUGGUCACCUCCAGCUGCAGCAGCCUUUCAGACCCUUAAAGAUCAGUUCACCUCAUCACCCAUCCUCCAGGAGCCUCUCUCCAUUUCAGUGUGCAUACGGCUAUCAACCACAACUGUUCCCAGCCCUAGAGAAGGAGAUUUCCUGUCCGUCUGUCCAAGCCUCGUCGCUGCCGCAGAACAUGGCUCCAAGCUCACUCCACCCUUCUUCGUUCAGUGGGUCGCUAUGCUUCCACCACCAACUGCCACCAUACUACUGCACCUCAGCAGUGCCAGUACUCAAGCAGGUCAGCAAGUGUGGCUCUCCACCCAGGUCUUACCUCUCCGAGUGGAAUCCAAAAAGAUGGCACCUAAGUUCAUUGGGCCUUUCACUAUCCAGAAAGUCAUCAACCCAGUGGCAGUACGGUGGACGUUCCGGUCCAGUGUAUGCAUGCUACCCUCCUGUGACUUUAACCAGGACAGUAACCCAUUCUGCGGGUUCAGUCAGACCAAUGCAGACAACAAUGCGUGGACUAGGCAAAAAGGUCAAAAGCCGACAGCUCACACUGGCCCCAGUGGAGACUACCCUGAUGGAAAGGGCUUCUAUAUCUACCACAAGUGUGACAAUAUGGCUGACAGAAAGGAAGCUCGUCUCCUGAGCCCUGUCCUCCCAUCGUGGGCUUCACAGAUCUGUGUCCAGUUUCGAUACUAUAUGUACGGCUCAAACAAUCACAAUACACUGAGAGUUCUGACCAAGAGGCUUGAUGUUGAGGAAGAGGUCUGGAAGAGAACAGGCAUCCAGAGUCCAUCCUGGCUGAUGGGCUCUGUCACUGUGACAACACACAGCAGUCAAUGUCUGCAGAUUGUCCUCGAAGCGCAGACAGAUUUGGCUGGUUCCUGUAAUUCAGCUCUGGACAACAUUGUCAUUACUGAGGGAGCAUGUCCUUCUUGUGUUUCUGGCUGUGAUUUUGACACUCUUGGUGACCUGUGUGGGUGGGAGACUCAAACUGAAGAUCCCAGUGUGUUUGGCUUUGAUCAGUGGAUUGGACCAACAGACACUGAAGGCACCGGACCUAAUGAUGACUUCUCCAAACCUGGACUGGGCGCCUACAUGUUAUUGGAUUCUUUUGAGGCUGUCCGAGGAGCCAAGGCUGAGAUCAGAAGUCCUGUAAUAACCCCCUCCUCUGGGUGUCUGGAACUCUCCUUCUACUACUACUUGUACGGCACCAGCAAAGAAAUGGAGCUCAGUGUCCACACCAUCACCAAAGGUGAAAGCCUUGGACCUGCUCUCUUAACUGUCAGAGGUAGCCAAACUCAAAGCUGGAUACACGAUAAGGUCCGCUACCUGGGAACUGCUCCCAUUCAGUUUGUAAUUGUGGGUACCUAUGGAGAAACUGAGCAGACAGAUGUCGCUGUUGAUGCUGUGUGUGUCUUGGCCUGCAAAGGUCAACCAACAACUCCUCUACCACCGGUAAACACUCGUACCACACCUGAACCAUCAACUUCUGGACAAACAAUACCUACACCAACUAGUCCUGGACCAACUACACCAAAGCCAUCAACUCUGACACCAACUGUACCUAAACCAACAACUCCUGGCCCGAAUACUUCUGAACCAACAACUCCUGAAUUAACAACUCCUGGCCCGAAUACGUCUGAACCAACAACCCCUGAAACAACUACACCUGAAGCAACUACACCUACACCAACAGAUGCAGACCCAUCUACAACCAACUUAACAACUCCUGGCCCGAAUACGUCUGAACCAACAACUCCUGAAACAACUACACCUGAAGCAACUACACCUACACCAACAGAACCAGACCCAUCUACAACCAACUUAACAACUCCUGGCCUGAAUACGUCUGAACCAACAACUCCUGAAGCAACUACACCUUCUGGACCAAUAACUCCUACACCAACAGGUCCUGGGCCAAGAAUGCCUAAACCUGAAACUCCUGGCCCGAAUACGUCUAAGCCAACAACUCCUGAAAUCACUACACCUUCUGAACCAAUAACACCUACACCAACAGGUCCUGGGCCAAGAAUGCCUAAACCUAAUACACCUGAAGCAACUACACCUACACCAACAGGUCCUGGGCCAAGAAUGUCUAAACCUAAUCCUGGCCCGAAUACAUCUGAACCAACAACUCCUGAAAUCACUACACCUUCUGGACCAAUAACACCUACACCAACAGGUCCUGGGCCAAGAAUGCCUAAACCUGAAACUCCUGGCCCGAAUACGUCUGAACCAACAACUCCUGAAAUCACUACACCUGAAGCAACUACACCUUCUGGACCAAUAACACCUACACCAACAGAACCAGACCCAUCUACAACCAACUUAACAACUCCCGGCCCGAAUACGUCUGAACCAACAACUCCUGAAACAACUACACCUGAAGCAACUACACCUUCUGGACCAAUAACACCUACACCAAGUCCUGGGCCAAAACCAUGUCCUCCGGAUGCAGAGUAUAUAGACUGUGGUCCAGCUUGUAUCCCCACCUGUAUGGAACCAUCCACCAACUGUUCUGGCUCCUGUAUCAGUGGCUGCUUCUGUAAACCAGGGUUUGUCUUUAAGGGACAGCACUGCGUGCCGCUGGAGAAAUGUGGCUGUCUGGAUGACCAGAAUAACUAUUAUGAGCCUGGUGAGAUUGUACUUGGUGAUGGCUGCUUAAAGCUGUGUCGCUGCAUGGGGAACUACACUUUGGAAUGUGUUGAUAACUCCUGUGACCCCACUGAAGAGUGUCGUGAGGUUAAUGGUGUUGCAGGCUGCUAUCCUAAAGAUACAUCCACAUGCAUAGCAUCUGGUGAUCCCCACUACACCACCUUUGACAAACGCAAGUACAACUUCAUGGGUAACUGCAGCUAUUUGAUGUCUCGAUCCUGCAAUGAGACAAUUCCAUACUUUGAGGUCCAUGCCGACAAUGAAAAUCGCUAUAACAGGCCUACCAUAUCCUAUGUGAAAGCCGUACAUGUAUAUGUGCAUAUGGAGAAGAUUUCCAUCCUCAAAGGUGGCACUGUCCAGGUGAAUGGGACAUCUGUAAACCUUCCAGUGACUCCGGUUCCUAGUGUUUCUGUGUUCAAGGCAGGAAAGUACUACACUGUGUCCAUGAAAUUUGGUGUAACUGUUCGCUAUGAUGGAAACCACUUCAUGGACAUCAAAGUGACCAAAGACUAUAAGAACAAGCUGUGUGGACUGUGUGGAGAUUACAAUGGAGAUACCAAAGAUGAUUUUCGUAAACCAGAUGGAUCAUUGACCAACAAUGCCAAUGACUUUGGGCACAGCUGGAGUACUGACCCAGAGUGUAACAAGAAACCCAACACUACCAUCCCUGAGUGUAAUGAAGAAGAGCAGGAAAUGUAUGAGAGCUCUGGAUUCUGUGGCAUCCUGCUGGACAAAAAUGCUCCCUUUGCUGCGUGUCACCCCAAAAUCAACCCCAAUAAUUACUUCAGGGACUGUGUCUUCGAUCUGUGUGAGCUUGAUGGAGCCAAGCAGAUUCUGUGUGAAGCCAUCGAAGCCUAUGUCAAUGAAUGCCAGGACCGUGGGGUUAACAUUGGCCACUGGAGGAAUGAAACCUUCUGCCCUGUGAUCUGCCCCCCCAACAGCCACUAUGAGCCCUGUAUGGACCCCUGUCAAGAGACAUGUUCUUGGAACCCUCCCGUCUGUGAUGGGCCCUGCUCAGAGGGCUGUAUGUGUAAUCCUGGCUAUGUCCUCAGUGCUGGCAAAUGUGUCAUGAAGAGUUCUUGUGGCUGCAAUGCCACCAACGGCCAGUAUUAUGAGCCUGGAGAAGAGUUUUAUGUAGAUAACUGUAAGGAGAAGUGCAGAUGUGAUGUUUCCAUCAUUCGCUGUGAGGAGUCUGAAUGCCCCCCAAAGGAAGAGUGUAAACUCCAGGAUGGAGAGCUGGGAUGCUAUCCCACAAGCUCUCAGGACUGUGUGGUGUCUGGAGAUCCUCACUACAACACGUUUGACAAGAAGUUCUACAGCUUCAUGGGAACAUGUACCUACACACUGGCCAGAACCUGCAAGAAUAACACAGGUCCUUGGUUCUCAGUGGAGGGAAAGAAUGAGGAGAGAGGAGUGUCAGGAGUGUCCUACCUGGGAAAACUCUAUGUCACUGUGAACGGAAUCACUGUGACCCUGAUGAAAGCCAGGAAGACUCUGGUGAAUGGACUGCGGGUGGCCCUCCCUCACUCCCCCUCUCCUCUUAUUUCUCUCAGUCUUGCUGGUCAGUACAUCACCUUGCAGACAACCUUCGGUCUCAAGGUGCGCUGGGAUGGAAACCAUUAUGCCCAGAUCUCAGUUCCCAGCUCCUACUACGGCCAGAUGUGUGGUCUCUGUGGCAACUACGAUGGGCACUUAGACAAUGACUUCACCAAACCAGAUGGUACUCUAGCAGAAAAUGGGAAUGAUUUUGGGAACAGCUGGUGGGCAGGAGAGGAUGAGGAUGAAUUGUGUACCCCAGGCACCGAGCCUGACCCAGGCUGUGACCCCAAACUUCAAACAGAGGUGGAAAAACCAGAAAAAUGUGGCAAAAUCAAAGACCUUGUUGGACCCUUCAGGGAGUGCAUCAAUGUGGUGAAUCCCACUCCAUUCUUCAAGAGCUGUGUGUAUGACAUGUGCCAGUUCAAUGGCCAGCAGCAUGUACUGUGUGACCACCUGCAGGCCUAUACUGAUGCCUGCCUCAGUGCCGGAGCCAAGGUUUACCCAUGGAGGACUGCAGACCUCUGCCCCCUGGUCUGUCCUCCCAACAGCUCCUACUCUCUGUGUGUGAGUUCGUGUCCAGAGACAUGCUCGGGUGUGGUCAGCUGUAACGAUAGAUGUGUGGAGGGUUGUGAGUGUAACCCAGGCUUCAUCCUCAGUAACGACGAGUGUGUGGCACUGAAAGACUGUGGCUGUGUGGACAUCAGUGGAUCCUAUCACCCUGUGGGUGAUGACUGGUACUUGGAGGGUUGUGAGCAAAAGUGUAUGUGUCACAGUGGAGGUCUGAUCCAGUGUCACAAUACCAUCUGUAAACCAGAGAGCUGCCAGCUACAAGAUGGAGAAUAUGAAUGUCGCCCUCUGUCAGGAAUGUGUUCGGUAUCUGGUGAUCCCCACUAUACCACCUUUGACAAACACACCCACCAUUACAUGGGAGCCUGUACCUACACCCUGGUCAAACCUUGCAGCAGCUCCUCUGGCUUGCCAUACUUCACUGUGAACACCCAGAAUGAACACAGAGGAAGUAAUAAGAAGGUUUCCUAUGUCAGGGCCGUGAUGAUCAAUGUGAACGGAGUGACCGUCACCCUCGGAAAGGGCCGCACAGUCCAGGUCAAUGGGACACUGGUUGUCCCACCUGUCACCUCCAUUAGUGGGAUUAAGAUCUACUUGAGUGGCAAGUUUGUUGUCCUGGAGACAUCCUUUGGACUGAGGGUGCGUUUCAAUGGUAACCACCAUGCUGACGUGACUGUGCCAAUCUCCUACAAUGGCUCACUCUGUGGCAUGUGUGGAAAUUUCAAUGGAAAUCCCAAAGAUGACAACUUGAAGCCAGACAAUGAACCGGCUGCUAACACCAAUGAACUGGGAGACAGCUGGCAUGUUCAUGACCCACGCCCUGAAUGUACCAAUGGUGGAGGCCAGGAAGACUGUGAUAAAGAGGUGGAGGAGGAGGCUGAGAAGCCGACCAGCUGUGGCAUGAUCACUAAUCCCAAUGAUAUCUUUAAGCCUUGCCACUCUGUUGUUCCGCCCGAGCCAUACUUUGGAAACUGUGUGUACGACAUGUGUGCCAAUGGAGGUCAGAUUGUGGCUCUUUGCCAGGCCAUAGAGAGCUAUGCUGACAUGUGUGCUGCUGCAGGAGUCCCCAUCGCAUGGAGACAAAAUAGCUUCUGUCCUCUGAAGUGCCCCUCUGGCAGUCAUUACAACGUGUGCAGCUCUGCUUGCCCACAGCCCAGCUGUCAGGAUCCUGUGGGCAACGGAGGCCCCUGCAACCAGCCCUGUGUGGAGGGAUGCAUCUGUGACCCUGGCCUCAUCCUCAGUGGAGACAAAUGUGUCCCGUUAAGUGAAUGUGGAUGUACUGAUGGAGACAAAAAGUACAGGCCGGUGGGAGACAUUUGGUUCACUGAGAAGGACUGCUCGCAGCGCUGCAAGUGUAACGGCAACCACAACAUCACCUGUGAGUCCUGGCAGUGCAGCCCUGCCCAGGAGUGUAAAGUUGUAGAAGGAGUACUGGACUGCCACUCUACAGGCAAAGGAGUUUGUCACGUGGCUGGAGAUCCUCACUACUAUACCUUUGAUGGUGUGAUGCACACAUUCAUGGGUACCUGCACUUACACUCUGGUGGAGGUGUGUAACACUGCCAAGGUAACUUACUUCAAGAUAGUGGCUAAAAACGAGGAGCGUGGUAAUCCAGAGGCCUCUUAUGUUCACUCUGUCAAAGUCUACCUGCCUCAGGGCAUUGUGGUGGAACUGCAAAAGAGCCGCAGAGUUAUGCUGAAUGGAAGGCGAGUGCGAACCCCAGUUUCCAUUGAAUUGGCCGGAGCCAAGGUGAUAACCAGUGGAUCCUACAGCCUGCUUGACACAAACUUUGGCCUGCAGGUGAAAUUUGAUGGAGUCCAUCACCUGGAGAUCACUGUUCCUGGAGAAUAUUUCAACAAGCUGUGUGGCAUGUGUGGGAACUACAACCACAACUCCUCUGAUGACAACCUGAUGCCCAACAAGAAGCCAGCCAAGGAUGUGAUUGAACUGGGCAAUAGCUGGUUAUCAGAUGAAAACAGUGAUCCCGGCUGUCAGCCAGACACUCGUCCAGACAUCCACCCCAACUGCACCACCGAAGAAGAGAAGCUGUACGAGGCUCAGUGUGCAGAGGUCAUCCUCUCUGACCGCUUCAAGCCAUGUCAUUCUGUCGUGCCGCCCGAGCCUUUCCUGGAUAACUGCAUUUACGACAUGUGCGAGUAUAAUGGCAUGCAGAUGACACUCUGUAACAACGUGGAGGCAUAUGCUCAGGCCUGUCAGAGCGUCGGAGUCACCAUCAGUUGGAGAAACAACACCUUCUGUCCCCUGCCAUGCCCUCCUAACAGCCACUACUCAGACUGCACCCCCCCCUGCCCCCCCACCUGUUCCGACCUCUUCCCCAUGUUCUGCCACCUCCCUCCAACCACUUGUGUCGAAGGCUGCCAGUGUGACGCCGGCUACGUUCUCAGUGACAACAAGUGUGUUCCCCUGGACAAAUGUGGCUGUCUGGACUCAGAUGGAAAGUACCAUGAUAUGGGAGACUCAUGGUUGACAGAUAAAUGUGCUGAGUUAUGUACCUGUACCAUCGCUGGCAAAAUCACGUGUGAGGACCACAGCUGUGAUUCCAACUCAUUGUGUGUCCUGGACAAAUAUGGAGACCUCUACUGCAAACCCACUAAGUUUGCCAAAUGCAGCAUCGCUGGCGAUCCUCACUACCGAACAUUUGAUGGUUUCACCCAUCACUUUCAGGGUCCCUACACCUAUGUCUUGACCACCAACCUCCAAAACUCCAGAGUAUCCCUGAUGGUGACAGGGAAGAAUAUCAGACGUGGGGGGAACCGGAGGGUGUCAUUCUUGGAUGAGAUGUACAUUAAUGUUUAUGGUGUCAACAUUCUCUUCCUGCAGAAGAAGAUUGUCCUGGUGAAUGGGGAGCGUGUUGCACCUCCUCUCAGUCCGGUUGAUGGUUUGAACAUCACAAUGACCUCCAGGCAGGUCCAGCUUUCCACUGACUUUGGACUUACUGUUCGCUUUGAUGGCAACAGUCGCGGAGAGAUUAUACUGCCCAGCAACUAUGAGAAUUCUGUCGGAGGGCUGUGUGGAAACUACGACAGCAUCACCAAUAAUGAGUAUAUGAAGCCAGAUGGGACAGUGGUCAGGGACCUGAACACGUUUGGAGAAAGCUGGAGGGUCAGUGCCCGACAGGCUGAUGGAAUGAGGAUCUUCCACCGUCCUCACACAGUCCACAGGCGAGAGGAGGACACUGAGCCAGAUUCAGGAUUUGAGACAUUUGACUGCUCUCAGGAUCAGCUCAAUGACUACAACAGUGUGACUCAGUGUGGAGCGCUGUCUGACUCCACGGGACCAUUUGCAGCCUGCCACAUAGCCUUGCCACCUAAAACCUACCAGGAUGACUGUGUGUUUGACUUGUGUGCUGAGCGGGGAAGUGCAGCACUGCGUUGUGCCAGUUAUGAAGCUUAUGCUGUAGCCUGUCAGGAGGCUGGAGUCAAACUGGGAGCCUGGAGGCAGAAGCUGGACUGUGGUCUCUCCUGUGAUGCCAGUAGCACCUAUUCCUCCUGUAUGACACCUUGCCCUGCCUCCUGCGCUGACCUGGCAGCACCUUCUGAGUGUUACACCACUUUUUGUGUGGAGGGGUGCCAGUGUGCCCCAGGCUUUGUCAUGAGUGAGGGAAUCUGUGUGCCAUACCCACAGUGUGGCUGCACCUACUUCAACAGAUACUACCCUCUUAAGGAGAAAUUUGUAACUGAGGACUGUUCUCAAUCCUGUGAAUGCACCAGCACUGGUGUUGUGUGUCAACCCAAGACCUGCCUGGACAGUUUUGUAUGCACCAUCUACAACUUCACACGUGACUGCCACGAAGAAAAGCCCUGCCUCAGUAGCCCAUGUCAAAAUGGAGGAACAUGUAAGCAGGCCAGCAACAACAAAUACACCUGUCAGUGUGCAGAAGGCUUCGAGGGCACGAACUGUGAGCAUCAAGUAUUGGAAACCAAGUGGAUUAUCCUGAUCGUGGUCCUGGUCUCAGUCACUGUUGUCAUAAUUGUGACCACCGUUGUUUGUGUUUUCACACGCAAAGCCAAGUCACAAAUUUAUGUAAUUCAGAAGCAAUAGUCAUCUCAUUAA